AUUCAUUGGUUCAGCAUCUUCAACUCCUUCAUGAUGGUGAUAUUCCUUGUGGGGCUGGUCAGUAUGAUUCUCAUGAGAACACUUCGCAAGGAUUAUGCUCGCUACAGCAGGGAGGAAGAUUUGGAUGACAUGGAGAAAGAUCUUGGGGAUGAAUAUGGAUGGAAGCAAGUUCAUGGAGACGUGUUUCGUCCAGCUUCACACGCGCUGCUGUUCUCAGCCUUCAUAGGGACUGGCUACCACAUUGCUGUUGUUACUUUGUGUGUCAUCCUGUUCACCAUUGUUGGAGAACUGUACACAGAGAGAGGGUCAUUACUGAGCACUGCUAUAUUUGUGUAUGCUGCCACAGCUCCAGUGAAUGGCUACUUUGGAGGGAGCCUUUAUGCUAGAAUGGGAGGUAAACUGUGGAUCAAGCAGAUGGUUGUUAGUGCAUUCUUGAUGCCAGCUGUUGUUUGUGGGACAGCAUUCUUCAUUAACUUUAUUGCCAUCUACUACCAUGCAUCACGGGCAAUUCCUUUCAUCACCAUGGUUGCCGUUACAUGCAUCUGCAUCUUUGUGAUCUUGCCCCUGACACUUGUAGGCACGGUGUUGGGCAGAAAUCUGGCAGGGCAGCCUGACUAUCCCUGCCGUAUUAAUGCUGUUCCCAGGCCGAUUCCAGAGAAAAAAUGGUUCAUGGAACCAGCUGUGAUCACGUUGGCUGGAGGAGUGCUUCCCUUCGGCUCAAUCUUCAUCGAAAUGUACUUCAUCUUCACCUCAUUCUGGGCCUACAAGAUCUACUAUGUCUAUGGCUUCAUGCUGCUGGUCUUCCUCAUUCUCGCUGUAGUUACCGUUUGCGUUACUAUAGUUUGCACCUACUUCCUUCUAAAUGCUGAAGACUACAGAUGGCAGUGGACCAGUUUUAUGGCAGCUGCCUCUACGUCUGGAUACGUGUACCUCUACUCCUUCUACUAUUUCUUCUUUAAAACAAAAAUGUAUGGGCUGUUUCAGACGGCUUUCUACUUUGGGUAUAUGGCUAUGUUUAGCUUAGCCUUGGGAGUUAUGUGUGGUACAGUUGGUUAUGUUGGAACAAGUAUAUUUGUGCGUAAAAUAUACUCUACAGUCAAGAUUGAUUAA